GCCAACGGGUCAUUUCGGUCAUUUCCUCCUCCUCUCUUCGUCGUGUUCCUUUAAAACCAUCUCCGAGAAGGAAGAGGGUUGAAUUUUACCUUUUGUAAUCCCAUUCUGGAACAUGCGGCAUAUUUUAUUGCUGGAAUUGACUGUCAUUGGCAAGAGGAGGCUCCUUUAGGAUCCCAGUCCAACUGCAGCCACCAUGAGGUGACGAUUGUGACACCUUGUGCUUCACCUCACUGGGACACAUGGCAAGGAUCACGCUGUCCUGCUUGCCAGCCUCCUGGUACUGCAGCGUGUCCUUGCUGUCUCUGAACUGUGCUACCAAGCAGAGGCUUCUCUUCCUGCUGCUGCUGUUCAUUACCUCCGUUCUCCUGCUGGCGACCUACCAGAGGCAGCUGUGGGGCCCCCAGCGCCGGCCAGGGGCCCGAGUCAACAAGUACCUUUCCCUUGAAGAGUCCAUGGAGGCCACUGAUAUCCUCAACUCUGCUCUGAAUUAUGGGAUUGUGGUGGACUGCGGCAGCAGCGGGUCCAGGGUGUUUGUGUACUACUGGCCCCCACACAACGGGAACCCCCACACCCUGCUGGACAUCAGGCAGAUGAGGGACAGCGGCAGUAAACCUGUUGUCAAAAAGAUUAAACCUGGUAUUUCCACUCUGGCAAACACACCAUCAAAAGCCAGUGACUACCUGGAGCCUCUCCUCAGCUUUGCUGCUGCUCACGUCCCAAAAAGCAAACAUAAAGAGACGCCGCUCUACAUCCUCUGCACUGCUGGCAUGCGGCUGCUGCCUGACAGCCAGCAGGCGGCCAUCUUGGAGGAUCUAGUCAUGGACGUUCCUCUGGAGUUUGACUUCCUGUUUUCCCGUUCACACGCUGAGGUCAUCUCUGGGAAACAGGAAGGAGUGUACGCCUGGAUUGGCAUUAAUUUUGUCCUUGGUCGUUUUGAUCAUCCUGAUGAGGAGGAUGCAACAGUUGAGGUGACAACUGGGUCGGAAAACCAGCCGCCAAUCAGCAGGCGCCGAACAGUGGGCAUCAUGGAUAUGGGCGGAGCCUCGCUUCAGAUCGCCUAUGAGGUGCCCGGUGCCAUCACCUUCAGCUCGCCACAAGAAGAGGAGGCAGGAAAGAGCGUUCUCGCUGAGUUUAACCUCGGCUGCGAUGUUGAGCAAACGCAGCAUGUUUACAGAGUUUAUGUCACCACAUUCCUGGGCUUCGGAGGCAACAUGGCCAGGCAGCGCUACGAGGACCAGCUGGCCAACAGCACAAUUUCCAAAAACAGGUUUCUGACCACAGAGACGGGCCUGAGUGAGGAGAAGCCCUACCUGGACCCCUGUCUUCCAGUUAGCAUGUCUGAUACCAUCACCCGGGGCAACCACACCGUGUACCUGCGGGGCCGGGGGGACUGGAGUCGGUGUCAGGAGGCUGUACGACCCUUCCUGGGCCUCCACAACGGCACCAUGUCUCCACAGGGGAUCUACCAGGCUCCCAUCAACUUCAGCAACAGUGAGUUUUACGGUUUCUCUGAGUUCUUCUACUGCAUGGAGGACGUGCUGAGGAUCGGCGGACAGUAUAACAGCGACAAAUACGCUCAGGCUGCAAAGGAGUACUGCACCACCAAGUGGUCAACCUUGAAACAGCGUCUCGACAAUCAGCUUUUCUCCCAGCAGGCAGACAUCAGCAGGCUGAAGUAUCAGUGCUUCAAGUCAGCCUGGAUGUAUGAAGUCCUGCACUCCGGUUUCCGUUUCCCCUCCGACUACGCCAGCCUGAAAACGGCGCAGCUCGUUUACGACAAGGAGGUGCAGUGGACUCUGGGGGCCAUCUUGUUCAAGACGCGCUUCCUGCCUCUCAGGGAUCUGCAGCAGGAGUCGCUGCGGCAGGGCCACCCCGGCUGGCUGCGGCCCUCGUUCGUCUACAACCACCACCUGUUCUCGCUCUGCCUCCUGGUGGUGGUUCUGGCCAUCCUGCUCUACAUCCUGCGCCUGCGGAGGAUCCACCAGCGGGAGCUGCGGCAGGUGGAGGCGCUGGAUCUCCUCUGGGUCGAAGAGGGAGAGGCGCUGCUGCCCUGAGAGAGACUCGGCGCGCCGCAGCGCUCUGAACUCAGUGUGAGUGUCGAGGAAAAUGUGACGGGACGGUGUUUGCCCAAAACCCAAUGAGCCAAGAGACCAAACUCACCUGGAUAUUCAGAUUUUUGAUUGUGCAGCUGUGCAGAUGUUGUCCAGGUUCACUUUUUCUCCUGCAUGAACAGAAUCACCUGAACGGCUGCAUCAGAGUCACAUUUUAGAGAUUUUUCCUCUUUCUGAUCCUCAUAUUCAUUUCAAAAACAGGACAAGUAUUUAUAAACUUGGUUUUGGUACAAUCUCAGUAGUAAUGACUCCUUAACAAGAUAGACAUUUCUGGUCAGAAGUUUACAUCCUCUCGUCUGCAUUUUAGUCUUUAAUUAAUUUAAGAAAUUAAGUGAACAUGUUUGAUUUUGUUGUUUUCCUCUUAUUCAAACAGGCUUAAACAUAUACACACCUUCCCACUGGUUAAAUGUUCUUUAGCGAUAAACAACAUGUUUCUAUAUUCACCACAGGCUUCUGGUGUAAUUAUGGCUGCACAUUUGAUCACUCUUCUUGGUAGAAAUUGUAGACAAAAUACUUGGUAAGAUUUUGUGUUUUUGCAGUUUCUAGUCAAAAUAUCUUAAUACACUUGAAAUAAAACAAAACUAACUUACAAGUAACUUUUCACCAAGAUGUAGGAGCUGAAAACUAAGAAUUUAGGUAAGUAAAGUCCUUGUUCUAUUGGCAGAUUAUUUCACUUAUGACAAGCCAAAACUGUUUUGUUAUAAGUAAAGUAAUCUGCCAAUGGACUCAGUAUCUCUUUCCCAAUUUUAAGGAAUUAUUUACUUAAAACAAGCUUCUGUGUGUUGCUGAAUAGUUACUUGUGAGUUAGUUUCGUUUUAUUUCAAUUAUAUUAAGGUAUUUGCACUAGAAACUACCGAAAAAUACUUUGUGUUUUUGCAGUGUAGAGCUCAUUUUAUCUGAAUUAGUUCACUUUUUAAUUAUAGUUUGUGGAUUUUCUGUCUUAACCUGUUUUAUCCAUUCCUAAAUAUGUUCUGAUUUAUGUUUGGUGUCAGUUUUAUGUUGGAACAACCAGCUGGACCAGACUUUAACUCAUCCGAUCCAGACUGACCAUGAACUGGUGCUGGCUGAAACGAAUUCCGUCCUCCAGGACCAAAACCAUCAAAGUUAAAUGUCUUUUAAUUUAGUUUUAUUGUGGAAAAAAUAUAAAAAGAUGUCAUGGAAGAAAGAAAGUACGUAAGCUUUUGGGUCAAAUUUGCAUAAAUACAUUUGGAAGCAUCAUACUGGUGCAUUACACAUGGUUGACUAAAUAAUAAAGAAGCAAAACUUUCUCUAGUUUAUUUUAAAUCAGCAACAAAAUGGUUGAAGUUUGGACACAAUUUAAUGAGUUUGAACCUUCAUAAGAAGAAGUGUGGUCCAAUAGAAACCUCUUAAUGGCUACUAAUGGUGUCCAGUUUUCAAACAAAAUGACAAUUAAUUCAAAGUAGUUGCAAUUGUUGUUGAGGUUGUUUAUCAUUCUGUCACCAGUAAACAGCUGAAAUAAAUCAUCUAAAGUCCAAAAUGAACGACAUUCAUGCUUGGUAUUGGGUGUAUGUAAACUUCUGACCACAGCUCAUUCAUUCACCAGAUUCAGUUCUGACUCUUUUACCAUUGUCUUUAUAGUCUUUAUAGUUUUAACCACCAGAGUUGGUUAAAAUGUCAACGAGGGUCGGUCAUGUUGUGUUCAGUCACAAACGGAUUUUAUUUUCCAUUUAGGAAGACAGAGCUAUUCUAACCAGUAUUACUGUUGUCUUAUUUUGACCAAGAAAUGUGAUCAUCAUUCCUUCAAUGCAACGAUUUCAAACAGAUUUUCUUCUGAAAGCCAAAUGAAGCAGCUGCAGCCGUCAGUCUGCAACCUCCGUUUCAUUUCCCUCCAUUCCAGCAGAAAAAACGUAAACCAGAUUUCCUGGAAAGAAAGAAAUCCUGCAGCAACAAAACGACCCCUGAUACUUGAAUGACCUUUCAAAGCCAUCUUCCUCCUCCUCUUCCUCCAUUUCAUUUAGAACAAAGUCUGACUCCAGAAGCAAAAUAUAUUCUUGUUCUAUUGGCAGAUUUCACUUAUAACAAUGCAAAACUGUCUUAUUAGUGAAAUAAUCUGCCAAUGGAAUAAUGACUUUGGCUCCAAUUUUAAGGAAUUAUUUACUUAAACUUCUAUAACUUGCUGAAAAGUUACUUGUUAGUUUAGUCUUAUUUCAAGUGUACUAAGAUAUUUGCACUAGAAACUAGACAGAAAAACUUUGUAAUAUUUUAUGUUUUUGCAGUGAACUGGUGCUUUUGGUAGGUAACUUGUCUGUGGCACAACAGGAAGCACUUUCAACAUUUUGUUUUGUUUAAAUAAGGAAACCAAGCCUAACCCUCAGGAAAGAAUGUUUUCUUCUCCAGUCUCCACAUUGACUGCAUUUUGUGUGUGUUUUGAUAUAAAGUGAGUGUUUCUUGUCUUGAUGGAUGAUGUAAAUAUGUAAUCAGAAACGCUUCCUGAUAAGUUCUGUAAUGUGUUGACCACACAGUGGGAGAACGGCGUUUUCCUUCUGCCAUCUAGAAAUAAUCUGGUUGUUUCCUCUCGGAAACGCGGGAAUGAUUCAUCCAGAUGAUGAUCCUGUUGUUCCAGAGUCGGUGUUUGGCUAAAGGACGGCGAGAAACAGAAACUGUUCUGUAAUCUUCUCCGACUCUUUGUUUUGGGAGAGUUGUCUUUUUUUUUUUAUGUCCAACGCCGUCAUGAUGGGGAUUUUCUGGUUCAUCUGCUUCUUUAUUCUCAGAAAUCUGUGAGAAAAAACUGGAAAUUUUCUGAGAUUCAAAAGUCAAAAAAUUUAAAAAAACAAAUUCUCUAAAAUCUUUGACUUUUCAAACUCAGAAAAGCCCAAAGUUUUUUCUAGAACAUUCUUCAUUUUCCCUCCUCCCAAAGGACCGCUCUUUAUUCUCAACUGCGCAUUGUGCCGUUUCAGACUGUAAGGAGGAAGCGUUUCUUUCUUAAUGUUUUUAAUUGAGGUAACAUAAAUGUGAAUUUAAACAGGUCCAAUCCAAUAAAAAGAGGAGAAACUCG